AUGGGUGCUAAGCUACAAGAGUUGAUAAUUGAGCUCCUGUCGGAUAUUGUCGGGGUCCUUAAGGGUAUCCUAGGUGGUAUAUUUACAAGGCCUACAGUAUGGUCUACUCCGGAUUCUUAUUGGGGCAAGACGAGGUUUAACUACUGUUCUAGGCGGCCUGUGGAAGCUGCUAGAACCAUGAAUGCUACUGCUGCUGCUGCUGCUGCUGCUGCUACUGCUGCUGCUGCUGCUGCUGCUACUGCUGCUACUGCUGCUCGCACGCGUGGAUAA